CACUUUCUCUUGCUUUUUGAUUUAGAUGGCGAUUGUUGAUGCUGGAGAGGGGGAGAGCAAAUGGCGUGAAUUAGACAUAUUGAGGAGUUUCCACCUAAUUCUUUGGAAGAAGAAACUGAAGGAAGUAAAUGGAUUUUUAUCAAAAUUGAAAAAGAAAUUGAGAAAAAGGGAAUUAAUAGAAGCAAGGGAUUCCACAGCUUCAGGUAUACAUAGAACCGAGCUAUCUCAGAUCUAGAUCAACUCUGGUUAUUCAUUAAUUUUGAUUUGCCAUGAAUGAUUUACAUUGUUCAAACGGGAGCAUGAUUUUCAUUUUUGUUUGUUUAGAUCAUUGGUAGCUGAUUGUCCUCUCCAUAUGAUUUUUAACUGAUUUGUUUUGAAAUUCAUAUGGUUGUGAUUGAGUCUUUUUUGUAUUGUUUUUUAUUUUAACUUUGAAAGCUUUCUUUUUUUUUUAAAGUUAGAUCAUAUGCUGUAGUAUUACGGAUUCAUUGUCAUUUGGUUUGUGACUUUAUAUGUUGCCUGAACUAAUUUUAGGCACCUUGGUUGAAUCCAUACUGAUUGGGGUCUAGCGUUUACUCAUCCAUGUGUAUUUGUGCUCAAUGUUACCCAUGACUUAAUCUCAUUCAUGGUUUAGAGUUGAGUUAAUUUUGUUUCUUUUCUUGAUGUUGCUUAAGUAGUUAAAGUUGCUAAAUUGAUGGUUGUUUGUGCUUCUUUGUUGUUACUUGGUUUUAGUACAAGUUUUAAAAGGAAUCAAACUAAUGGUGAGAGGUAAAGGGGAGAUGGUGAUACAAGUGGUGGAAGAGGUUUUUUGUUUUUCAAUGUCCCCCAUUUCUUCCUUAUUUUUUUUCCUCUAUGUUUUAUCUCAUUUCAUUUUCACUUUUUGGGUUUCUUUGCUUUUGCGAGAUUUAAGCAUCAGGAUAGUUAAUAGGAGAAACACAACCCUCUCACAGUUGCUACAAUGAUCUCAUUGUCACACGGUGGGUUUAUAAACACCAUAAUAAACUUUUCUUUCGCUA